GCGGCCGGCUCUUCUUCCUUCAUCAUCGUUGUGCAUACGUUCGGCCCACGGUAAUGUCGUCCGUGCCGCACCUCUCCACUCCCGGUGCCUCUUCUCGGCCGGCCGAUGGCAUUCUCAUUGGGGACCGUUUGUAUUCCAAAGUUUACCUCACAAUCGACAACUCCCUAGUGCCGGAGGAGCGACUGUCUCCGACUCCGUCCAUGUUUGACGGCCUAGGCCUUAACACGGAGGCCGACUUGCGUAUAUUAGGCUGUGAGCUUAUUCAGUCUGCCGGCAUCCUGCUCCGAAUGCCUCAGGUGGCAAUGGCAACUGGGCAGGUGUUGUUUCACAGAUUCUUCUACUCCAAGUCAUUUGUCAAACACAACUUUGAGAUUGUUGCCAUGGCUUGUAUCAAUCUUGCUUCAAAAAUUGAAGAAUCUCCGAGAAGAAUAAGAGAUGUGAUCAAUGUUUUUCAUCACCUACGCCAAUUAAGAGCCAAAAGGACUCCAUGUCCACUGAUACUUGAUCAGAGCUACAUAAACACCAAAAAUCAAGUAAUCAAAGCGGAAAGGAGAGUACUGAAGGAGCUGGGAUUUUGUGUUCAUGUGAAACAUCCACACAAGAUUAUUGUGAUGUACUUGCAAGUUUUGGAAUGUGAGCGUAAUCAAACCCUUGUUCAAACAGCCUGGAAUUACAUGAAUGAUUGUCUCCGAACCAAUGUGUUUGUGCGAUUUGAAGCAGAAACUGUUGCAUGUGCUUGUAUUUAUCUUGCAGCUCGGGCUUUGCAGAUUUCUUUGCCAAAUCGACCUCAUUGGUUUUUACUUUUUGGAGCAACGGAAGAUAACAUUAAAGAGAUUUGCAUGACUACUCUAAAGCUCUAUACCAGGAAAAAGCCGAACUAUGAAUUACUUGAAAAAGAAGUUGAAAAGAGGAGAGUUGCUCUACAAGAGGCUAAGUUAAAAGCAAAAGGUUUAAAUCCUGAUGGAACCCCAGCACUUUCAACAAUGGGAGGAUUCUCCCCUGCAUCUAAACCAUCAUCACCACAUGAGACUAAAGCUGAUGAAAAGUCUCCUGUGUCUUCUAAAGUUAAGCGAGAACCUGAUGCUAAACAGUCUUCAAAGAGCCCUUAUAAUGGAUUAAGGAAGGAAAACAAGCGAAGCAGAAGUGUCAGCAGGUCAAGAUCACUGUCAAAGUCUAGAUCCCGAUCUCGUUCUCCUAGAAGACAUUACAACAACAGGCGAAGUCGUUCUGGCACAUACAGUUCAAGGUCAAGAAGCCGAUCUCACAGCCACAGUGAAAGUCCUCGAAGACACCAUAACCAUGGGUCUCCUCACAUAAAACCUAAACAUCGAGGUGAGGAUCUGAAAUCUUCAAACAGACAUGGCCACAAACGGAAGAAAUCUCAUUCUCCAACUCCAAGUAAAGGCAAGGAUUAUGGUGACCUUGUUAAAAAGCACAGGCAUGACCGCAGCCAUCACAGGGACAGAAGAGAACGUUCUCGGUCAUUUGAGCGUUCACACAAAGGAAAACAUCAUGGUAGCCAUUCUGGACAUGGCAGACACAGGCGCUGAGCCUCUGUCCUGCAUUAGUGGAAAAUCCUUUGUUUAUGGACUGUCGUUAGGUUUUGUGACAAUAAAAAUAUUUUACUUUUUUCUUUAGAAAAUAUGGACAUUUAUCAAAUUUUUUUUUUUUUUCUCUCCAGCCAAUUAAUUGCACAUUUAUAUCUUGACAGUAUGAACUCUAGUAGCAGAAUUAUUAUGGCUGGGAUCAAUUAUUCUGCUGUUCAUGUAUUACGAAAAGGCAGAUUUUGUGAAUGGUUUGCUUUAAAGAGGUCUUAUUUUUAUACGAACCAGUUGCAGACUGUUAUAUUUAAGAAUUAUUUAAUCUGUUGUGAGAUUUUCAUACAUUGGUUUUAGUCUGCAUGUGUAAGAAAUGAUUUUAUGAGGAAAUAAAUUAGAAAGGUGA